AGAGUGUGAGUGCCUGAGUUGUGUUUGUGUCCACACUCUCUGGCACUGAGCUUUGUUUAGGAAAAGUUACUCAGCAUCCUCAGCCCUUUUCAUUUUCACAGAGGUGUCAGGAAUCCAACCAGUUAAACCGCAAGCCUUUGAGUUCAUGCACUGACUCCAGCGUGCAGCUAUUGUAAACUCUUGGGAAUCACGUGAUGAAACUUCUCUUCAGAGGCUAUUAAUUCUGGCAGCGGACAGAGAAAGUUUCCAGAACUCAGGAAACUGCUUCGUGAACAGUCUUCUUGGGAGCUUUGGGAAGCACAAAAUUAUUUGCAGACUCACGUUCCUGGUUCCCCCACAGAGCUUUGAUGUUCACGAUGGAUCAUUUGAACAUGACCCAGCCCAUGCUUGCUGCUGAAAGCACAGGACCUGCAGCGUCCACUCUUGAGAAAGGCGGAGGGAACGGAAAUGAAUACUUCUAUGUCCUGAUCGUAAUGUCCUUCUACGGCAUCUUCCUGAUGGGCAUCAUGCUGGGCUACAUGAAGUCCAAGAGGAAGGAGAAGAAAUCCAACUUGCUGCUGCUCUACAAGGAUGAGGAGAGGGCAUGGGGACAAGCUGUCAAGCCUCUGCCCACCAUCUCGGGACUGAGGUCUGUCCAGAUCCCCAUGAUGUUCAGCAUGCUGCAAGAGAGCAUGGCACCGGCUCUCUCCUGCACCCUCUGCUCCAUGGAAGGCAGCAGCGUAAGCGAGUCUUCCUUGACAGACGUUCACCUCACUAUUCAAGAGGAAGUGGCUGACGCCGAGCUGGGGGAAACAGGCGAAGUGGCUCUCCUCGAUGACAGCAGCGAAGGUUCUUCGGAAAGCAUCCACCAAAAUUCCUAGCGCUUGCAGGACCUGGAGACACAGCAUCUUUUGAAUGAGUAGAACUGAAGGAAAACCAUUUCCCACUUUGUCUCCUGUCUCAAUUUGUCGAGCACCAGUGAUGGAAGGGGUGCCUGGAAGCAGGGAGGAGACGCAGCAAACAGAAAAACAACUGGGUAGGCAUUUGUUGUGCAUUGGAGAAUAGCUUUGUUAUUAAGGACAGGGAGGGAUAUUUCUCUCCUGGCAAAUGUGUUUGCAUAGCCUCUCUGUUUGCUUUAGAAUGCUGCAAAUAUCUGGGAAGUAGCUGAGAAACAUCAGGGAUGUUUUGUGAAUGAGCUGCCAGCCUCAUGGAUCUGGUCUUAUGAGUGUUUCACCCCCAUAAGCAAGUCUAAAAGAAAGUGUUUCUGUGGAAAAUGUGGUCACCAAGGGCAGGGAUAAUGCAGUACCAAACAAAGAGCUUUGCUUCAGUCAAUGACUAAGCAGGAGCACAGUUUAAUUCAUUCUUGACUCUCAAAUAUGUGCAGCUGUGUCAGAAGAAGUAGGUCCAUGUGCCAGUAUAUCUGAGCAAAUAUUUCUUUCAGAGUGUCCAUGAAAGAAAUGAAGCUACAUCCAUUCAUACCAGCAGACCAUGAUCUCAAUCCAUGCGGAUACUCAAACUCUUUUCAUUU